AUGAUCUUCCCUUCCAUUCUAGCCUCCUUAGAAUACCAUUUUAGGGGAUGGCCGGAGCUCAGUCUGGCAUUUCUUUGCUACCUCUGCAUUAGAUGGUACCUGAAUUUCAAGAACCAGGUGUUGGCAAAUUUUCCCAUUGUGGGUGCACUGCCAUACAUUCUCAAAAAUUUCCACCGACUUCAUGACUGGUACACUGAACUUGCGAGCAAAGUUGGCUACUCAUAUCUGUUCAAAGGGCCCAUCUUCGGUGGCCAGAUGAUCUUUCUUACCUGUGACCCUCGAAAUGUUGAGUACAUCCUCAAGAAAAACUUCUCCAACUUCCCCAAGGGCCAAAAGUUCUUGGAGACCUUGCAAGUACUAGGCCAAGGAAUUAUCAGCGUGGAAACCGAGACAUGGCACCAUCAAAGGAAAUUGGCGAGCAAGAUGUUUGCUGCAAAAGAGUUCAGGAGCUUCGCUGCUUUUGCGAGCCAGAAGUUGGUGGAGGACGCUCUCCUCCCUACGCUGGACCAUGUUCAUGCGCAAGCAUCUGUCAUAGAUCUGCAAAAUUUGUUCUUGAGGUACGCGUUUGAUAGCAGCUGCGCCAUUAUAUUGGGUAGGAGUCCUGGUUUUCUUUCACCAAGCUUCCCAUCUAAUGAAUUUUCUGAAGCAAUGGACGUUGCUAGAGAAAUCAUAUUCAAUAGGAACAUGAUGCCCAGUAGAUGGUGGAAGCUGUUGCGUUGGUUGGGGAUUGGAGCAGAGAGGAAGGUGCCUGGUGCAAUAAAGGCAAUGGAUCGCUACACAUCACACUAUGUCUCGUUGAUGAGAGAGGAUUUGCAGAGGGGAGUGGAAGCAAAUUGCUUGCUAGCAAUUUACAUGAACUCUCAAGAAGAAAGGAAAGAUGCGUUACUGGACGAAGACGAGUUCCUCAAAGACACAUCAUUGGCCUUAGUUUAUGCUGGAAGAGACACUGUUGCAUCUGGGCUCACUUAUUUCUUCUAUUUGAUUUCUAAGACACCUCGCGUGGAGAACAAACUCCUGGAAGAGCUGAGACUUUUACGUGCAAUAAAGAACACAAAACGCAACGGCUGCGGUCGGAAACACGUCGACGGUGUAGAGAUGUUUGAUCUAGAAGAACUGAGGGAGCUGACGUAUCUGGAAGCAGCCCUCUAUGAAUCUAUGAGGCUAUAUCCUCCAUCUCCUCUCAACCUCAAAUCUGUAUUGCAAGAAGACGUCCUCCCUGAUGGAAGCGUUGUGAGGCCAGGGAUGCAGAUCAUAUACUCGACUUAUGCAAUGGGAAGGUUGAAAUCGAUCUGGGGAGAAGAUUGCUUGGAAUUCAAGCCAGAAAGAUGGCUAGACGACAAUGGGCACUUGAAGGCUGAAGCCAAGUUGAAGUUCUUUGGGUUCAGUAUUGGACCAAGGAAUUGCAUAGGUAAGGAAAUGGCUUUUGCACAAAUGAAGCCAGCAGCGGCAGCAAUGCUCUUCAACUUCCAGGUUCAAGUGUUGGAGGGUCAAUCCAUCUCCCCAAAACCAUCAACAGUUCUUCAGCUUAAGCACGGUCUGAAGGCCAGGAUAACAAGGAGGAUAUCUUAA